CUAAUUCGCUCUCUAUCUAAACAAAAUCAACCUUCAUUUCCAGCUUUCACUCCAACUUGCUCAGAUUCGCAAUGGGAGUGGAGAAUUAUCAUGUGAUAGAGCUUGUCGGAGAAGGAUCUUUUGGUAAAGUAUACAAGGGAAGAAGAAAGUUCACCGGACAGACCGUUGCCAUGAAGUUUAUACUAAAGCAUGGUAAAAGUGAAAAGGACAUUCAAAAUCUUAGACAAGAAAUUGAGAUCUUGAGAAAGUUGAAGCAUGAGAAUAUUAUUCAGAUGCUGGACUCCUUUGAAAGCCCGCAGGAGUUUUGUGUUGUCACCGAGUUUGCCCAAGGUGAAUUGUUUGAGAUUCUUGAGGAUGAUAAAUGUCUUCCUGAAGAGGAAGUCCAGAAAAUUGCAAAGCAGUUGGUCAGAGCAUUGCACUACUUACAUUCCAACCGCAUUAUUCACCGUGACAUGAAGCCACAGAACAUCUUGAUUUGUGCUGGUGGUGUCGUCAAGCUAUGUGACUUCGGGUUCGCAAGGGCAAUGUCAACAAAUACAGUUGUUUUACGGUCUAUAAAAGGUACUCCUCUUUACAUGGCUCCAGAAUUGGUACGGGAACAACCCUACAACCAUACUGCUGAUCUGUGGUCCACUGGGGUCAUUUUGUAUGAAUUGUUUGUUGGUCAACCUCCAUUUUACACUAAUUCAGUAUAUGCACUUAUUCGGCAUAUAAUCAAGGAUCCAGUAAAAUAUCCAGACAACAUGAGUUCUAAUUUCCGAAGCUUUCUUAGGGGUUUGCUUAACAAGGAUCCUCAUAAUAGGCUGACAUGGCCCAAACUUCUGGAUCAUCCAUUUGUUUUAGAAACCUUGGAAGAUGUUGAGGCCAGGGAGCUGCGUGCCAACACUGCGGCUUCUAGAGGAUGUGAUGCUGCUUGGAAAGGGGAGCAACAUGUACAGACAACUGGUUUGCCCUCUGCAAAUCCUGAAGGUAUUAGCAGGUCUCCCACAACUGUGAAUGAAAACAGCAAAGCUUUGGGUCAACAGCCGAAUAUUGAAUGUUCACCCCAAAAGGAGUCUGAAAGGAUCACUGAAAAUGACAAUGUACAUUCAGGUUGCCAGAUACUGGACAAAUUAGAAAAUAACUCUCGCACUGUUAAGGGUGCCAAGUUGAUUGGACAAGAUAAUGAAUCAUUAUCAGUUAUCUUGCUGCCUCUCAAAAAUCGGCUGUGCAGAGAUCAAGAUGUUCUCACUUCAAACCAGUCCUUGAGAAUUCUUUCCAACUUAGUUUCUGCUGGUGCAAUUACUUCUUCAGGGGUGCUUGAUGAAGUAUUUUGGGAACUUAUAGGGUUUACUGCCAACAUUCUUCGCAUGAAAAAGUCAGAGUAUAAUGACUUGCUAGUUAAGUGUUUCUCUGUUAUAAAGAAGUUACUGGACACCUGUGGAGGUGGGUUUGGAGAUUCCUAUAUAAGGCACUGGGUUGCCAUAGUGGAGCUCUUUAAAGAGGUCUUUAGUUGCACGGAAGAUGCAUCUGGAAGAGUUCUAUAUGAAUCCAGUGCCUGCAUUACAAUUAUCAUAUCUCGAGUAGCACAGGGUCUGAAAGCAUCUCUUGCCACCAAACGAGCCGAGGUGGUAGUAAAUGGUUUUAAAGAGAUACUGGAUCAUGCAAAAGCAUCGGGUGUAGCAGACACUUUGCUUUCGUGCUUGGUGACUUGUGGCACAAGUCUCAUGUCUGGCUCGUCAAAUUUGUUACGUGUUGCCUGCGAAGCGUCUAGGGCUAUUUGGUCAUUGAUGGAUGCAUUUGAAAUACUAUCUACAAAAGAAAACACACAUGUUUUUCCACUUAGCUCAAUGUAUUCCCACUCCUUGGAUCGGCUCAACAUUAAAGGAGAUAACUAUGGAUCGUUAAUAGGUACAGAUUCAGAAAGAAUUGUUGAUGCAGUUACACGAGCGUUCCUCAGAUCCAAAGCUGUACAGGUUGCCUUUUACUAUUGUCUUCGCCAACGUUUAGAGGUUGCAUGGUCUUCUGGUAUUCAGAUUAUAUUAAGGUGUUGUCUGCAUAAUAGCUCAGUUACAGGAGUUUUAUGUGGUCUCCCCAGUUCUUUACCUGCUACUACAGUUGUUAGUGGAGGUGGUGAUAAUACAAUCAUUUCAGAGAUUUUUUCAAUAUUAUCUCUUUGCGCUGACAAAGAUGCCCAAACAGGAGACACAAAUAAUCUGAAAAGCAAGUUAUCCAAUCCAUGUGCCCUAAUUUGUCAAUCGUGUCUUCUAAUUGCUUCAAUUGCACAAUCUUUAAAGUCAGGUGGAAGGAAUUCUGCGCUAUUUAUGCUGACAUCCUCACCUAAAAAGCAGCGGUCUCGUCUCUCUGACCUUGCCCACCAUUAUUCUUUAUGUGAUAGAAUUCAGAACUCCUUUCAACCUCAUUCUAUGUCUGCCAUGCUGGCACUUGCAUCCAUUUUGGCCCUUGAAAGUAACGCUUCUGUUGAAACAUCAAUUGCUGAAAUUGCUGUGCCUUUAAUUCCGCGUAGUGCCACACUUUGUGAUUAUCUCAGGAUCUUAACAGAUGAUGGGGGAGAUAAAAUAAGUAAAAGCAAGCUCUCAUACUGGCACGGGUUUAGGGAUGGUUGUGUUGGGUUGUUAGAUUCCAGAUUAAAGUGGGGUGGCCCCUUAGCCAUUCAACAGUUGUGUGCAAGUGGCAUUCCUCAAACUCUUCUUGAUUUAUUGGGAAACAAACAUUCAGAUGAGAUUGGAUUAUCAUCUGUUGGUGUUGUAUGGACAAUUUCCUCAUUAUGCCAGUGCCUUCCAGGUGGCAGUGCAACUUUUCGACAGGUGUUGCUUAAAAGGGAACAUGUAAAACUUGUGUCUGAUUUGAUAUCUGAUGUACAUCUUAAGCUUAUAAGGUGCUGGGGUGGACCUGGUGGAGGGAAAAAUGGGGCCAGGGAUACAAUUAAUGCUGUAAUUAACCUCUUGGCAUUUCCAUUAGUGGCCGUGCAAACUAUACCAAGUACUCCAGCUGCUGCUGCUGCCGCUUCAGUGAAUAGUGGUUUUCUUUUGAAUAUGGGAUCUCCUGGUGCUAAGGUUUGUGCUGAUGACAAGGAUAUGGUAAGAGCAAUAGAAGCAAGCAUGGGAAAGUAUAUUCAAAUCCUUCUAGAGGUAGGAAUUCCUGGCCAACUAAUUAAGUGCCUGGAACUUGUGGAGUUAAAGGAUGCUGCAAGACCUGUUGCCUUUCUUGCCAAAAUGACUAGUCAUCGAGCACUAGUUGUUCAACUACUUGGCAGAGGUCUUUUGGAUCCAAAUCUAGUUCGAAGGUUACUUGAUGGUUCUUCACCCACAGAAGUCGUACUGGACAUUCUGUCGAUAGUUUCAGAUAUAGCUCGAAUGGACAAGGAUUUUUAUCAGCACAUACAUGGUGCAAAUAUCUUAGAACCGUUGAAAGGCUUUCUAACACACGAAGAUCCCAAUGUGCGGGCCAAGGCAUGCAGUGCUAUCGGAAAUAUGUGUCGGCACAGCUCUUACUUUUAUAGUUUGUUGGCAAAGCACAGAAUAAUUAGUUUGUUGGUCGAUCGCUGCUCUGAUGGGGACAAACGUACUCGCAAGUUUGCUUGUUUUGCAAUUGGUAAUGCAGCAUACCAUAAUGACUUCUUUUAUGAAGAGCUGAGGAGAUGCAUACCCCAACUUGCAAAUUUACUGCUUUCGGCAGAGGAAGACAAAACAAAGUCGAAUGCAUCUGGUGCUCUUAGCAACCUUGUUCGCAAUUCCAAUAAACUAUGUGAAGACAUUGUCUCUAAGGGAGCAAUGCAGGCUUUGUUAAAGUUGGUGGCAGAUUACUCUGUUGUUGCCCUGAACCCAAGCAGGAAAGAUGCGAUUAAUGAGUCACCUAUAAAGAUAGCUCUUUUCUCAUUAGCUAAGAUGUGUGCACACGCACCUUGUAGACACUUCCUUCGCUCAUCAGAUCUCUACCCAGUUAUUGGACGACUCCGUCAGUCGCCAGAAGCAACUAUUGCCAACUAUGCAUCUGUCAUAUUCAAUAAAAUCUGUGAUGCUUAAUCUAUGGCCCCUUUUAUUGAUUUAUAUGUAAAUAGAUUACAUGUUAAAUUAUUUGUAAAGAGACUAAAAAUUUUCAUUGUUAUUUGAAUGUUAACAAUUAGUGUAGCUCCUUGCAAUGCUAAUUAGUGAUUUGUAAAAUUUUUAUAUACCAAGAGUUCCCUGUUUAGUUUUGUUACUUUAUGAUUA